CCACCAUACCACACCAAUGCAUCAACAUCCACAACUGCACCUUCUACUUGCAGGAUUUUGGAGACUGCUUGCACAAUCAAGACUAGACUCACUGACAGAGUGAAUACACUAAAGGCAAACAUAAGGCCUACAUCAAUUGAUUAAGUCCGUACUGUACAAUGAAGCAAGAUAUGGACCACAUCUCAAGGCUGAAGAAAGACUACCCAUGGAUCCAAACGCCCCUCAUCGUCGGCGCUCCCAUGCGCCUCAUCGCAUUAGCAGACAUGGCAGUUGAGAUUUCAAAAGCCGGAGGCAUAGGUUUCAUCGGCGCUGGAACAGACGUCUCAGACCUAUCCACACACCUCGAGCACGCGCAAACCCUGCUCUCCCGCACCGCUCUCGCCUCCUCAUCAAACACACUCCCCAUUGGCAUAGGCUUUAUAAAUUGGGGUGCUGACCUCGCCGCCUCGAUCGCGCUGAUCGCGCAGUACCGGCCCAGCGCAGUAUGGUUCUUCGCGCCGGCGUCGUCCGCAUCGCUCGCAGACUGGACGGCGCAGACACGGCGCGCCAGCCCGCACACCAAGAUCUGGGUCCAGGUGGGGUGCGUGCGCGACGCUGUCGAUGUGGUGCGUGAGGUACAACCAGACGUGCUCGUCGUGCAGGGCACAGAUGCAGGGGGCCACGGUCUUGCGCGCGGCGCAUCGCUUGUCAGCCUGCUGCCCGAGACCAUCGACACGCUGGCUGCGCUGGAGAAGAAAACAGAAGACGGGAGUUACAUGCCCCCCACCAUCCUAGCCGCAGGCGGCAUCGCCGAGUCGCGCGGCGUACUCGCAGCACUCUCCCUUGGCGCCGCCGGCGUAGUAAUGGGCACGCGCUUCCUCGCCGCACCCGAAGCGCAGAUCUCGCGCGGCUAUCAGGCAGAGAUCCUGCGCGCGGGCGACGGCGGGCAGACGACUGUGCGGACUAAAGUGUAUGACACGCUGCGGGGCACGACGGGGUGGGCGGAGACGCACAAUGCGCGGGGGGUGAUUAACCGGGGGUAUGUGGAUGCUGAGGCGGGGAUGGCGGAGGAGGAAGGGCGUAGGCUUUAUGCGCUGGAGAUGCAGAGGGGGGAUGGGGCGUGGGGCGUGGACGGCAGAAUGACGACGUAUGCGGGUAGUUCUGUGGGGCUUGUGAGGGAGGUCAAGGGAGCAGGGGAGAUUGUUAGGGAGGUUAGGGAGGGGGUGAGGGCGGUGUUGGAUGUUGUUUCGGCGAGGCUGUGA